AGGGUGAAGCUAUCAGCCAAAACCAGAAAAGAAACUACAGAGACUCUUCCUUUUGUGUAAGGAAACUUCGUAGAACCAGCCUCCACCAGUAAACUCCGAACGUAAGUAUAUCCAUCUGUCUCUCUCACAAAGACUCAAGACUUUUUACUCCAUUAGCAACAACAACAACAACCAACCUUUGCCAAGUUACCACUUUAGCACUUUGGACUUCUCCGCCCACUGACAACAUCUUCAACUCAGAAAAUGCUCCUCAGCAGCACCUUCAACUCAGAAAUGUCUCUCUAAGAGUGUUCCUGUAGAAUAUACAAUUGAUGGGUGGGAUAAUUUCGAAACGUACUACUUCGAGACAGCCUUCUUUUGGGUCUGGAUCGCAUUCUUGGAGUCAACAAAGUUAUCCAGAGGUACCAUAUGCACAACCAUAUGCACCACCAAGCCAAGACUAUGGGCAACAGCAGCAUUUUGCACCACCACCUCAAAGCCACAGCAGUGCUUGGCCAGGGUCGAAAAAGAGGUUGGAAAGGAAGUAUUCAAAAAUAGAUGAUGAUUACAACAGCCUGGAGCAGGUCACAGAUGCAUUGGCACGUGCUGGUUUGGAGUCUUCCAAUCUUAUUGUGGGCAUUGAUUUCACAAAGAGCAACGAGUGGACAGGUGCAAGGUCAUUUCAUCGGAAAAGCUUGCAUCACAUUGGAGAAGAGCAAAAUCCCUAUGAACAGGCAAUAUCAAUUAUAGGGAAAACAUUGUCUUCCUUUGAUGAAGAUAACUUGAUUCCCUGUUUUGGAUUUGGAGAUGCAUCAACCCAUGACCAAGAAGUUUUCAGUUUCUACCCAGAUGAGGGAUCUUUUUGCAAUGGAUUUGAAGAAGUAUUAAGACGAUAUAGAGAAUUAGUCCCUCAGCUACGACUUGCCGGGCCCACAUCAUUUGCCCCUAUUAUUGAAAUGGCCAUUACUAUUGUUGAGCAAAGUGGUGGUCAGUACCAUGUGUUGGUGAUAAUAGCUGAUGGACAGGUGACCAGGAGUGUUGAUACAGAGCGUGGCCAGUUAAGCCCACAGGAAAGGAAAACUGUUGAAGCAAUUGUGAAAGCAAGUGAGUAUCCCUUAUCAAUUAUACUAGUUGGAGUUGGAGAUGGGCCGUGGGAUAUGAUGAAGGAAUUUGAUGAUAACAUCCCUGCUCGGGCCUUCGAUAACUUUCAGUUUGUGAAUUUUACAGAAAUUAUGACAAAGAAUAUGGAUCGUUCGAGAAAAGAAGCAGAAUUUGCUCUUGCAGCAUUGAUGGAAAUACCCUCCCAAUAUAAGGCAACCCUCGAGCUUAAUAUAUUAGGUUCUACUGGAGGGAAGGCUGUAGAUAGGGUACCUCUUCCCCCUCCUCAUUAUGGUUCAGCUCCUUUUAGCAUGCCAAAACCAUCACAAUCAAGUAAUUUUCGUCCAAGUGCACCAUCCAGGCAACGUGAUGAGUUUGUUAGCACAGCUCGUCCUGCAAGUUCAGCUUCUGAUAAUCAUGUCUGUCCCAUUUGCCUAACUGAUCCGAAGAAUAUGGCAUUUGGUUGUGGACAUCAGACAUGCUGUGACUGUGGACAAGAUCUUCAAUUAUGCCCCAUUUGCAGAAGCACCAUUGAAACCCGAAUAAAGCUCUAUUAAGCGUUAAUCCGCCUGAAAUUUGGACGAUUGCAACUUCAACUCCAAAACUAUUUCAAUUCGUUACAAUUUUCUUUCGUCGAGAGGAACUCGUCCCCUUGUACAUAUCUUCAGUUUUUUUGGAAUCCUGCGAAUAUUUCUCCAUGCAUCAUGUCUAAUAGCUUAAGCAGACAGAACACUCGCUGUAAGACUUGCUGCUAUGGCUAGUUCAGUGUUUGUUUGAAUUU